AUGGUCCUCCAGCGACAGCUCGCCCGCGCCGCCCCGCGCUAUACUGCCCAGCUGCGAGCUACGGCCCAGCGCCGCCUGGCCAGCACCGACAAUGCCUUCAUCCGCGAGCGCCAGCAUGCCAAGGAGCAUGCCGCCGGCACCACUGGUUGGGACGGCCAAAAAAACAGCGGCUGCAUUCCCGCCCUCGCCAUAGCUAGCUGGAACGCUUACCGGCUCUGGAACGAGCAUUGGGAGCACUGGUCGCACCUCCCUCCUCUGGAGGAACGUACCGAGUACCCCUACCAGAACAUCCGCACCAAGAACUUCGCCUGGGGCGAUGGUGACAAGACUGUUUUCUGGAACGACAAGGUCAACUACCACAACAAGGACAAGACGACCUAA